UUUUAACUUUUGUUUCACACCGUCAAAUUCCGGGACGCGAUAAUUCUUAUUUCUCACGUUCUUCUCCAUCACUUUCCUCGAUCCAGACCAGAGCGAAGAGUGGGAAACUACACGCGGAUCGUGUUAGUGGAAGCGUAAUGUGAAUAAUUGGAAUGUUGAAAAAUUUGUGAAAAUUUUUGUGUAGAAUUUUGAAUUUCUCGAGGAAGAAGAAAUCGAAGCAUUCUUCGAUUCGAUUUUUGAAGUUGAGAGGAGAUGAUGGCUUCGGAUCCAAAACUGAAGGCUGAGAUCGGUCCCGAUGGCCUUGCAAGAGAAGCUCCUGUUAUUGCUUACACAGAGAAGAUAAUCGAGGCAGAGCAACUUCAGUUGAAGAAAUACAUUGAGGAGAACUAUACAAAAAUAAGGGAUGUCGAAAGGGAAUUUGGAAACCUCACAAUGGAAAUGAAACUCACGGCUGGACCUAAGAAAGCAGCACUGGAACACUUGAGAAAGAAAAUUGAAGCCUGUACGGAAAAGAUCCAUGCUGCAAAGUUGAAAGAAGAAGAAGCGCGAAAGGCAUUUGAAGCAGCAUCAAAAGUUGUGAAGGAUGAAGAAGCUAUCAAGCAGAGGCUUUGCGAAGAUUUAAACAGCCUGGUACAAGAAAGCAGCAAUACACAGUACGCCAGACUUGAGGAAUUGAAAAGAAGACUAGAAGCACUAAAUCCAAAUAGGUCAUCUACUUCUAUUCAGCAAGUCCUUGAACCGGAGACUAAAUCCGUAGUAGAAAGCUCACCAGCAGCAGCCAAUACUAAUCAGACUCACCAAGAAAAAGAAGAAAAUAACCACGGCAAGGAGGAGGGAGGCAAAGAACAAGGACAGAGGCCAGCAACAGCAGACGGAGAAUCAAAAGCGAAAAAGAAACCGCAGAUUCAAGGAAGGGGAAGAGGAAUCGGAAUCAUGAACAAAGGCAGAGGAGGUUGGACAGGAGCUGGAUUCGAUGUGGAUGGUAGAACUUAAAUUAUAUACAGUACACACGUCCUUUAUCAGAUCAGAAUUACGUCGCAUAUAUCAAUACCAAGUAAGUUCUCAUUCAUCGUUAAGCAUCGAUGGACCUGUUAGCUACAGAGAUACCUCUCAUUUGCUCUCAUAUACUUGUGUUACUGGAAAAGAUAAACCAUUCAAAUCAUAUUCAGCUUUU